GCUACACCAACACAACCUCCUCCACUAUAACUCUCUCCCCACCCUGCGGGUACGCGGCGCCGUCACUGCAGUGAAUCCGUCAUCGGUCGAAAAAGAACGAGAGCGACUCCAAAAUAUCACGACUACCGAUCUCCUUGCAACCAUUUUUUGGUAAAAAAAAAAAAAAAAAAACACAUUAAAAAAACCGCAUUGAUUGCACGUCGUUUCCCGUUGCAGUUCCACUAGUGCUAUACUACCAGGAGAAGACUCCCUACCGACAGAAUGGGAAAUGAAUCGAGUUAUCCCUUGGAGAUGUGCUCGCACUUCGACGCUGAUGAGAUCAAGCGGCUAGGGAAAAGGUUUAAGAAACUGGACCUGGACAACUCCGGCUCCCUGAGUGUGGAGGAGUUCAUGUCGCUGCCCGAGCUGCAGCAGAACCCCCUGGUACAACGGGUCAUCGACAUAUUCGACACGGACGGUAACGGGGAAGUGGACUUCAAAGAAUUUAUAGAAGGCGUCUCUCAGUUCAGCGUCAAAGGAGACAAGGAACAGAAGUUGCGAUUCGCCUUCCGCAUCUACGACAUGGACAAGGACGGCUACAUCUCCAACGGCGAGCUGUUCCAGGUGCUGAAGAUGAUGGUGGGGAACAACCUGAAGGACACCCAGCUGCAGCAGAUCGUCGACAAGACCAUCAUCAACGCCGACAAGGACGGAGACGGCAGGAUAUCCUUCGAAGAGUUCUGCGCAGUCGUAGGCGGACUAGACAUACACAAAAAGAUGGUGGUGGACGUGUGACCCUGCCGCCGACCUUCUCCAAACACUUCUGCUUUCUCCUCCGUCUCUGAAGAUCUGCUCAAGAUGUCCUGCAAUGCUCUCUGUGUAUUUUAAUGGCAGUAUUUUCUCUGUGAAGCCACCUUUUUCCAACACAAGCCUCGCAAAGCCAACUUUUAAGUGUUAUUGAACUUAAUCCUGUCAAUAACCCAGUGUAGCACUUUAAAAGCCUGAAGGACAGCUUUUCCUUGUCGAAUGAGCAUCUCAGUUUGGUGGAGGAAGGGAAGACGGUCGGAGUGUGUCUUUUUUGUUAUUUUUUUAUAUUUAUUUUGGUGUUGACUUUUUUUUUUUCUUUUCUUUUUUUUUAAACAAGGAAGUAUAUCUAAAGAGGGAAUGUGUAGUUAGCUGGGGUGUAACUAAAUAUACUUGAUUUCAGUACAACGCAAAAGUAGAGCAUGAAGUGCCAAUCAGAACAUUUACAGAAAAAAAAGUAGUUGAACUUAUGAUUACCGACCAUCCGAGUUCAGGACAGUUUUACAACAGAAAGCACUGCAUGAUCGAUCCUGCUCAAUGUUCUUUUUCAACAGUAUGGCAGUUCUUUCUUUGUACCAUGAACCAUUUUCAAUCAAACAAUCUAUCUUCAAUCACAUACAGGUAUACCACAAACAAAUAUAUAAUGUUGAAUUAUUAUUAUUAUUAUUAUUAUUAUUAUUAUUAUUAUUAUUAUUUUCUUUUUGUAACAAGGGGAUUGUACGUUUUAUUUAUGAUGUUUAUAUUGUCAGGGAACUAAUCGAUUCCUUGUCUUGAUUACUGAAAUACGGCAGAGUAGAACUAGAAGCUAUCGUGUCCUUGCGCAUACAAACUUGAGGUUUACUUUAAAGGCAGGUCUUUGCGUUACCGUAGUGACUUUGUGAACGUUUGCAUCAUUCAAGACUAUUCCCCCAAUACAAGUACAUUUCAUUUUUCAUGGUGGAAUAUUUCUAUUGAAAUCAUUUGGAACAUGUUCAUAUAUUUUUUAUUUCAUUACCUAUUAAACAGCUGUUAAGGAAAAACAAAUCCCUCUGACAAUUUAAUAAUAUAAUAUGCAAUAACUGAAUAAAAUGUAUAUGGAUAAUAGUUUAAUUUGCGUGAUUACAGGCGAGAUGCGCAUCUUGGUUUAUGGUGUUAAAUAACCGAUUUUACUGCAGGCAGCGUUGAAAGGGUCAUUUUUGUUACGGAUAUUUGUAUAUUAGGCAAACGAGGGAUACAUUUUCUUGAGUUCUGUUUAUAAUGAGGAAGAAAGCUUUAAUUCGGGUAAACCCAUGACUCCGAGUUGCUAUACUUAAUCGUGCCCUUUAUUUGGAGAUCACUUUAGCGAACAGAGUUGCUCUAGACGUGGUAUGGUAGAUUUUUUAGCACCAGAAUACAUUUAGCGGGUUUGAAGUGUGCACAAACUUAUAUUUUCGUCCCCACUCACCACCUUAAUUUCUUUCUUUCUUUUGAGUGUGAUAUGUCUUCGGGAAGGUGCACGAGGUUUGUGAGAGGAAAAAUACGUGAAACGGCCGUCUCGCUGCAGAGUCCCGCUUUUGCCCGACUGGUUUGCUCGGCGUUCCGCAGACAGGCGCCAAACCGUAUCAGCCAUCCUCCGGUCCUGGCUGUUCUUCAAACAAAAAAAAAAUGAAAUAAAAAUAAAUAAAUAAAAAUAUAUAUAUUAAAAAAAAAAAAAAGUAAAAAAAAAAAAAAAACGAGUGCUGCACGUGCGUGGCUGGUUGAGUAUGCUGGAGACCCGAGGCUUAGAUGUGCUUGCAUGACAUGGGUUUUUUUUUUUUGUUUUGUUUUUUUUUCUUCUUUUUGCAUGAAGAUCCCCCUUUUUGAAAUGUUCCUCUUGUUUACAUAUGAAUUGUAAUGUUAAUAUACUCGAAUAUAGAAUAUUAAUUAAAAAAAAAGAAUGAUGACCUAUAAGGAUGUUGCCAAACUUUGGUAAAUGUUAAAAUAUAUAAAUAAAGAAAUAAAGAAAUAUAUAAAUAUAUAAAUAUAGAGAGACUCCACUACAUGUAACUUUUUUAAAUCUUCUGGAUCAGUGCAUUGCUUAAAAUCGGGCAAAGUUUCAUACGUGUAGACUGCCACGUGCUCUGCUCAUACAUGUAGACUGCCAUGUGUUCUGCUUUAAGGGGAAAACAUUUGUGAUAUUUUUACUUUUUUUGUACAGAAGUAUUUGUUAUGAACGUGUAGUUUCAGCGUUAUCCUCUGUAGUAAACGCGUUGACUUAGGCUGGGUAGGCUCUCUCUCUCUAUCUCUUAAUACAUCGGUCUUUCUUUUGGAGGAAUGGGUUUUUAUGUUUGUACGUUUGGGAGUGUGUGUGUUGGGGCGGUGGGGUGUGGGCGGGGCGGUGGGGUUUGGGCAGGUAUCAGUCACUGAAUGUUUUAGGUUUGUUUUUUUCUUUUUUCUUUUUUUUCUUUGUUUUAUUUCCUUUUACCCUAUUUGCAUGCUGCAUUAUAUGCUGUGAGAACUAAUGGAAACUUCAUACUGUAUGGAAAUGAAAAAUAAACUAUUUGAAACUUGUAA